CUUGUUCUGAUAACGCGAAAAAGAAAACUUUUCGGGAAGUUUCAAAAAUGAAAAAAUCAAAGCAAGCAUCCAAGGCUCGAGAUCAUUUGGAGAUACUCCAAACAAGGGUUGUGGUAGAACGUGACCAUGUUUCUAGUAUAUCUUCUAGUGACUUUCCCUUUCAUACUAGUAAUCGAUAUCCCGAUCAUGAUUUAGUAGAAAGAUUAAGAAAUAAAAUAAUAAUUGCUAUUGAAAAAAAAUCUCAAUAUGAUAUGGAAUUUGAUAUAAUUGGAGUUGAUGCGUCAAUAGCGAACGCGUUGAGAAGAAUUAUGAUCGCGGAGGUCCCUACUAUGGCAAUCGAAAAGGUGUUUAUUUAUGAUAAUACAUCAAUAGUACAGGAUGAAGUCUUGGCACAUCGGUUGGGUUUGAUUCCAAUCAAAGCUGAUCCUGACGAAUUUGACUUUAAACAAUCAACUGAGCAUCCCACAGAUCAAAAUACAAUUGUUUUCAAACUGAAACAAGAAUGUAAGCGCAAUCCUAAAGCUUCAGCAGAUGAGGCAGAGUAUAUAAAUCACAAUGUUUAUUCCGCAGCUCUUAUAUGGGAACCUAAGGGUGAUCAGGCUGAAAGGUUCAAAGAUUCUCCCAUUAGACCUGUUCAUGAUGAUAUUCUUAUAGCACAAAUGAGACCGGGUCAAAAGAUAGAAUUGGAAGCACAUUGUGAAAAAGGAUGUGGCAAAGAACAUGCAAAAUGGUCUCCAGCUGCAACCGCAUCGUACCGGUUAAUGCCAGAUAUAAUAUUAAAGGAGGAAAUUACUGGAGACCUGGCAGAUAAAUUUGCUUCUUGUUUUGCCCCGGGUGUCGUUGAGGUUGAGAAUAAAACGGUUGAUGGGGAAUCAAAAAAGGUUGCAAAAGUUGUAAAUCCACGACUUGACACGGUCAGUCGAGAAGUAUUACGGCACAAGGAAUUUGAAGACAAAGUGCAACUAACACGGAUACGGGAUCACUUCAUUUUCAGAGUUGAAUCUACGGGCAUUCUAGAAUCGGAAAAAAUUGUUUUUGAUUCCUUACAAAUUUUAUCAUCUAAAUGUACGAUGCUUUUAAAAGCAUUAGAUAUAAAAUUAAAAGAGAAGGAAGAAACUGAAACAAGUCAAAACAAUGAAAAUGCGAUGGAAUUAGAUACAUAAUGAUCAAUUUUUAUAUCCAUUUAAUUGAAGACUUAGUUGUCUGAAAUCCUUCUGUUAUGGUAUCUUUUUGUUUAUCUAGUUCUGAUUUAUUGUGUAAUUCAUCAUCUGUAUGUUUCGUACGUAAUAAAUUAUUAUUUAUUUUUUCACCAUUUUCUAAAAUGUCAAUCGUUUCUUCAAGCUUUGAAAUCUUUAAUUGCAUUUUUUCUUUAUAUUCAAUAUGAUUCAUUUUAGACCAUUUUAAAUGUAAUAACAUUGAACCGAAUGUAACCCAAAUAAAAUAUGAAUAAAUAUAAGGAGAAUAUUUUUUUAAUGUCGAUUCUUCAUUAGGAGUAUUUGAGGAAGAUAAAUACAUGUCAGAAGAAUAAGG